AUGUAUGAAAACCUCCUUUUAACUACCUGCCUAGUAAUUGACUGGGUUUCCCAGGUGGCACUAGUCGUUAAGAACCUGCCUGCCAAUGCAGGAGACAUAAAAGACGUGGGUUUGAUCCCUGGGUCGGGAAGAUCCCCUGGAGACGGAAAUGGCAACCCACUCCAGUGUUCUUGCCUAGGAAACACCAUGGACAGAGGAACCUGGCUGACUACAGUCACAGAGUCAACACGACUGAUGUUACUCAGCACACUAGUAAUUAGCUGUGUUCAUCUGUGUUGGCAGGGGUGGAGACAGGGGAGUGAGGCUGACGAUGGGUCUGCUGUGAGGAAUUGCAAUUCCACUUUGAGGAAGUGCCUUAAUUAA